AUUGAGAGUACACAUCUGUUUUGAGGAUUUUGUGAUAAUGGUAUUUUUCGAAACAAUUCGUUUAUAGUUGCAAGCUAAACAAACACCGUCGUUCACAGACUCGUAGCGUAAGAGCAUACAGUUGUAAAUCUAAAGUGGGGUAAUAAUGUUAUUCUGCCCGACGUGUGCUAAUGUUUUGAUGGUGGAGGAAGGUCCUGAAUCUGGACUGAGGUACGCCUGUAAUACUUGCCCUUACGUGUACAACAUCAGAAAGAAAGUAUCCUCGCGAACUUUCCCUAAGUUAAAGGAACUCGACUAUAUCAUGGGCGGAGCUGCUGCCUGGGAGAAUGUAGAUUCGACUGAUGCUGUUUGCCCAAAAUGUGGACAUGGUAAAGCAUUCUUCAUGCAACUCCAAACUCGUUCAGCUGAUGAACCUAUGACCACAUUUUACCGUUGCUGUAAUCAUAAGUGUGCUCAUAACUGGAGGGAUUAGUGUGAGAAUAGAAACAAGUCAAGCAAUAAAUUGCAGUGUUGGACAAUUAUUUGCCAAUAUAGUGCUUAAUUCCAUAUUUCUUUCUUAAGAAUAUGAUUUGUAUGCAAAAACUUAAUUUACUUCGUAGUUUAGCUAGAAAUAAAUGUGCAUCACCCAAAAUGAAGAUAGACAAGAUGGCACCAGUCAUACCAAGCUCUGAAGGAUUUGCUUCAGUCAAAGCUGCAGAGUUUUUAGGCAAAGGACAAGUUAUUGCAGUGCCAACUGACACAAUAUAUGGUUUGGCAUGUAGUGCCAACUGCCCAGAUGCUAUUAAAAAGUUAUAUGCCAUCAAAGGUAGGGACUCUGCCAAACCUGUAGCUAUUUGUGUGACUUACAUAAGUGAUGUUAGGAAAUGGGGUGAGGCUGAUCACUUACCCGAUGAUUUACUACACAGCUUGCUUCCUGGACCAGUGACAGUUGUUUUAGAAAAGACCAAAUAUCUCGACAAUCCAUUUUUAAACCCUACCACAACUAAAAUUGGUAUAAGAAUACCAAAUCACAAUUUUAUGAACAGAGUUACAAAAACUUUUGAUAAACCAGUGGCAUUGACAAGUGCAAACUUCAGUAAUGAGCAAUCUACUUUAUCUAUUAGAGAAUUUGAACACCUGUUUGGUCAUUUGGGAGCUGUUUUUGAUGGAGGGGUUUUAAGUCAAGGACUGGAGCAGAAUAGAACUGGGUCUACUGUGAUAGACUUGUCCCAGACUGGUGUCUACAAUGUCAUAAGAAGAGGUAUUUCAUAUGAUCGAGUAGUCAAAACUGUGGAAAGUUUUGGACUAAAAUGUAUGUCAUAAGCUAUUUAUGAAACCUGUGAUAAUGUAAAAGUUUGAAUAAAUGUUAUUAUCUUCC